AUGUGUCCUUGUGCGAAUGCUAUUGUCGCCACGGCAUCGCUGAAAAAUUCAUUGUUUGACAAAUUGGAACCGGGACGUGUGGACCAAUCAUACCACGACAGCCUUGGGAUGAAUCGCCCAAACAUUGGCGACUACCUAGAUGUUGCAUUGGCUCAGGACUGGUGGGAGGACAGCCGGUCAUUAGACAUGGGUUUCGACCAGUUCCCAAGUCAACCGGUGUCAGACCCAUUGGAUAUGGGGUUCCCUCCUUCGUCCAAUACCAACCAGUCAUCAAUUGCCACACCUAUAUCCGAGUUGGACAUGAGAUUUCCACCUGGCCAUUCAUCAUUCAAUACCAAUGAUUCCUGGACCCGGCGACCGGCUCUCCGAACUUCCUGGCAAACAAUUGACUGGCCGGUGGCUCAGACAGCCCCUUUGGACAUGGGUUUCAAUUCACCUCCGGUUCACCACGGUCAUCCGGAUUUGGACAUGGGCUUUCAUUCACCGGUUCAACAUAGUCAUCCGGACCAAACACCUGUGGACAUGGGCUUUGAUUCACCGGUUCCACAUCAUGAUCCGGACCAGAUGUCUUUGGACAUGGGCUUUGAUUCACCUCCGGUUCAACAUCAUGAUCCGGACCAGAGGUCUUUAGACAUGGGUUUUGAUUUGCCUGUGGUUCAUGAUUAUCCGGACCAGAGGCCUUCCGGCAUUGAUCCGGUUGAUAUUCCGGAUCAGGCAGAACCGGAACCUAUGGGAUUUGUGAUUCAGCGCGCUGAAGGUGACUUGCGCUUGGCAAUACACUGGUUGGAGAUGGAAAGGGCUCAUGGUACAAUGUCGCCGGAAGAAGCACUUGUCAGCGAGGAAGUUCUUCAGUCCACUAUACAUUCAAUGAAAUGUGAUUAUUACACUCUUUGCAUCUCUAGUGGAGCGCUUUGGCUCGGGCUUAUCAAUUGCCCUGUGUUGUGGCAGGAGCCAUUGAUUUAG